UUUGAUUUUUUUUUAGUGUAUUUUUUAGAUUAAUGUUACCAAUUGUUAGUAAACUAGCAGUUCUCUUGUUAUUGGCAGCGACUGUGAUAUGUGGUGUAGGGAUUUUUUCAAAUUAUUGGGCUUUAUGUUAUUAUGGUAACAUAGGCCUCUGGCAAUUAUGUGCAUAUACUGGAUGUUAUUGGUUUUGGGAUCGUUUUGAAGAGUUUAAUAAAAAUGUGGAUAAAUUACCAAAAAUCGUUAUCGAAUAAUAUUUCGGAUAGCGUCUUCCAUCUCCAAAUAUUCGACUCUCGUCUCGUCUUUAUUCUUGGAAUUAUAUCUCAUCCAUAAUCUCCCAUCAACGGGUAAUUCUGAUUCGAUCGAUACAUGUACCGAGGCGAUCAGAAAGUUCUUGAAAGGGAACGCGAUAUCGAACGUGUUUAUUACCCUAACGAAUCAUUCGCGAAUAACGCUACACUCAGUAUCCAAAAUCGGUACAAUCAGCAGCCCAUAGGUCAGCAAGCAUUCGUUACUACAACCCAGCUUAGUGGCCCUCCCCCUUCUUCUAACCUAAACCCCCAACAAAUUAGUUACAUAACCGCUCCUCAACCCCCUAGCUCUAACAUAAAUCAAACAAACAAAAUAGCGACUAUCGACAGAAACAACCGACAACAGAGCUAUCGAAGCAACAGGAGUGAGUGCCGAAGUUGUAGCGUGUGUUCUAGUUCAGAUCGGUCUAUCGCGGCUCGGGAUGAUAACAAGCUCUAUUACAAAGAAAAACAGAAUAAGCGCAAGAAAAAUAUGCUUUCCCGCUCAUUCCCCUUGGCCGCCCUAGUGGUGGGCUUGCUUAUUUGCAUAUCCUUUAUAAACUGGGUUGGUAUAUGGAGCCCCUUCUGGGCCCUGGCCCGAAAUCCGUUUCUUAUCUACCCGGUCACGUCAACUACUACAGUUAACACAGGCGUCGCGGGUGUACAAGGGUCGGGCUUAGGAGGCGGCCCGGGAGAAAUACCCGUCUUGCUUAAUCCGCAGACGAUUCAGCCCCCGGGAGGCCGAAUCGGCAUAGGAAACCCUAUAUUUGGCCAUCUGGGCAUAUGGGCCUACUGCGCCCCGAGAAGUUUUUGUGUGACUUACCCGUACGGGCGGAGCAGACCAUACGGAUUUUUCUCCGCCGCAGCCUUUUCCCUCUCUUUAGCCGGACUUGGUGGAUUCUUUACCCAGCUAUUUGGUGGACCGCUUCUCAGUAAUCUCGUAGGAGGUUUGGGCUUUGGGGGUGGACUAGGAGGUGCUCUAGGACCCGGAUUUUCUGGUAUAGGCGGAUUUGGUGGCGGUGUUUUUAAAAGGAGUAUCCCAGAAGGCGAUAAUGUUAAGGUUAUUCAUGGGGAAGAUGUAGUAGCUUUCAAUAUGGAGAGAAAUCGUAGAGCGGUCGCGGAUCUUAUCAAAAAUAGACACAGGGCCCCUUCCGAUGUAAAUGAUAACACACCAAAUAACGGAAACCCUUUUGGCCCUGGUUUGUGGAACCAGGGAAAUAAUAACGACGGACCGCGUUAUGGACUCAACCCUCAGGCUUAUAAACAGCAAACAAAUGCAAAAGUCAACUCUAAUUCUAAUCCUAGCAAUCUAGCUGGAAAUGGCAAUAAUAAUGCAAUGUUGCCUCCAGGGUUCCCUUUCGCAUAUUUCUAUGAUCCUGCUAGCCCUAACGGUAUACGCACCGAAUACGUGAACAUGAUGGACAAGAAACGUCUCAAACAAGAUUCACCCAACUUUAAAAAGAAUUCCGAUUCGCCUAAUGCACUAAUUGUCAAAGAUAUUAAGCUGAAAACGAAUUCUAUUCCCAAGGAUAAUCCUUCAUUUGAUGAUAAACGUUCCUUUCGGCAAGUUGAUUAUAAUCCCAACAUUAUAAACAGCCCUAACGCCCUUAAUCUCAACACUAACCAUAAUAACGGUGCUGGUAACAUCAGGAACAACCGCAAUCUAGGCCUAAUAAACUCGCCCAUAAUUGAUGCUGGGGGACGGUCUCUUAUGACCAACCAAGGAUUCGGAGGGAUUAACACCAUGGGAUUGGGUGGGCUCGGCGCUCUAGGUCUAGGUGGCUUUGGAAACCGGUUUGGUGGACUAGGCGGUCUUUUGGGAAGUCAGCAAGCCCUCACGGCUUUUGCCUUGCUUCAACCUGGACCGGAAGGAUUACCACUACCCGAAAAUUUCUUAUUUUCUUUGCCGGGAAGUUUAAGCCCCUUCGCUUAUUUCCGCAAUCGCGUACGUGAAAACAUUGCUUGGUUUAUAAGUGUGCAAGUACUGGUUGGACUAGGAUUUGCUCUUAAUUUACUCGGAUUUGUGCUGGCCAUCAUAUACCUUUGCACUUACUACACCAAAUUCGGUCAACAUAUCGGUAAAAUAGCAGGACUUUUAAUUUUCCUCGCUGCCAUAUUCGAACUGAUAGGCAUAUGCGUAUUCAUAGCUAAGGUAAGGUUAGAUCGUAACGCCUUUUUUCAAAUUGACCCCGCGUUCAUUAUUCACUCCGGGGUAGGUUGGGCCUUUUAUAUUGCGCUCGCAGGAUCUUUGUUACUUCUAGUUGCCGGAGUAUUACUCCUUUGGGAGGCCAGCACUGGUUACAGAUAAGACUCAUCAUAACAAAAUGACUAGACAUGACCUGAACGCUUCUUCGCAGCAUUAUUAACGUUAAUCCUUCGAACUCUUUUUUCUUUUUUGUAUUAUAUUACAAGCAUUUUUUUUAUAUUCAUCUUUCUAUUUUUAAAAAAAUACUUUUCCAUGUAAUUAUUACUUAAAUGUUAACCCAAAAUCAAUCAUCAAUCUUCGCAUCAAUUAAUAAGCAUUUAUUUCAGUCUUUUUUUUAAACUCCGCAACAAUUUGCUAAAAAUUUCUUUUAGAGAUUUUGUUGAAUGAAGGAAGUAUUUUUUUUUAAAAAAAAACCUAAAAGACGACAUGCAUUUACAGCAUAUAUUUUUUUUUUAAAAAAAAAUAAAUAUUUUUUGUGUAAUAAUUUUUUAAAAUUAUUUUACAAAUUAUUUUUAUUUUAUCAUUCAUUUUAAAAUUAGUUCAUGAUAAGCUGAUUUUUUAAAAAAAGUCAUUUUAAUUAAACAUUCCAAUUUAUUUUCAUUAUAGUUGCUACCUGCCAUAAGUAAUAAAUUGUAUUCCUUUUUAAUAUUUUUUAUUUUCUCAUAUUUUUAUAAGUCAUUUAAUUUUUAAACUUUUAAACGACAUCAAAAAAUGUUUACCUAGAAAUCAAUAAUGUAUACAUCUCUUUUUAAUAUGAUAACAUUUUUUUUAAAUAAACUUUUAUAAUUUUUUGGAAAUUCUUUUUAUGAUUUUUACCUCAUAUUUUUAUCAUUCUAAUUUAAUUCAAAG